AUGGAGACUGAGAUUAAAAACUGGAACGGUCUGUCGAAUAUGGACGACGACGACUGGUACAAGUAUACUACGGGCGCUGAAUCAGGGACGCCCCGAACAUUCAUGACAGUGAAGACAGGGUCUACCGCACGUCAAACUCUGGAACAUUCUGAUGUGCAAACUUUGAUGAUGAGCUUCAAAAUCAUCAAAGCUCCUGAUGACUGGGUCAAAUCUAAAGUGCCAUGGGAGUUGUCACAUCCUGUUGCAACAGAGUGCGCGUUGUAUUUCUGUUCGAACAUCUACCAAGCCAGUAGUAAGAAUGGUGUGCUCGAGGAGCACGUCAUCGGAUCUUGGGCUGUUCGAGACCCUGACUCCCAUAAGAUAUACAAGACCAUCGGAUCUCUGGAUUCGGAAGAUGAAAGAUACCUGGAUAGCACCGGAUACGACCUAUACAAUCCCGCGAUAGAUUUUCCGAGACAUGACCUUCGGCUUCUCAUUCCUUCUGAACAGGCUGGGGGCUUCUCUCCAAUGGCGGCACAAGAGGUGAACAUAUCUCACGCGCUUCUUCGAAGUACCAUCGACUAUCUCCACGUCUUCACGAGCUAUGCUGCAAAGCCCAGUGGUAAGCCACCGCCCUCUUUGAUCGCCUUUCCGGAUGAAGACGCACCGGCUUUCGUGGACGCGUUAUGGAACUCCACAAAUCUAACCACAACAUUCGAAAAUGUGGCCCGUAGUCUCACAAACCAGAUGCGCAAUACCUCCCCCGAUCGACUUGAGGGCGUCACACAACGCUGGGUCACACACGUACGUGUCGACUGGGCAUACAUGACUUUUCCAGUCGCAAUGCUCUCGAUAGGAAUCCUAUACGUGAUUCUCGUUAUAAUCGAGUCUGCACGACUGAGAAUACCAGUGUGGAAGGAGAGCGCGCUUCCCACACUAACGUAUGGAUUCGAUAAUGAGACACAACGGCUGCUGAGGGAGACGGCACACUACAAAGGAGAUAAGAAGGUUAAGACGAGUGUGAGGUACGACCUGGAUGAACAGGAGGACUGUUUGAGAUUGAUGGCUGAUUAG